AUGUGGGACACCUGGAGAAGCCAGUCGAAGUGGACAGAGAAGAAGCUCAAAGAGUCUACAGCUGACUGGCAGAUCAUCGCGACACACUUCCAGUGUGGGCACCAGGCGCAGUGGUAUAAGAAGCUGCAUCACGAGCUCGGCUUAGACCUCCUAGUGACAGGCCACACACAUGUACAGAACAUCUUCGACAAGUGGUCCGUCCUAGGUGGGUUGACCUGCUUCAUUACGGGCGGUGGCGGUGGCAUCACAUCGGAGGUCUCGCCCGCAAAUGAGCGCUCGACGGCCUAUGGCUUCUUUGACCUUAUCUUCACGAAGGAUGAGAUUAAGCUUGAGUCCAUCAACUUCCGAGGCAACAAGGUCGGCAGCGCCACCGUGACGCCCGUCGCUAGGAACGUGACGGAUGCGUAG